UGGAUUGGUCCGCCAAGCUUCCUUUGUGCUGUCCCGAAGCCAAUCAGGAACGGCAAACUUGUCUUCCCCGCCCUUCAAGCAGUUUGGUCGGUCGCCUCGUACCCCCGCGGCGAGCGGGGAAAGUCUUGGAUCUCCAGCCGAGGUUGGUGCUUUAAGAAGGACCAUGGCUUCUGGAACCGCACUGGUUUACGACAAUGAAAUGACCAGCCAUAAGCUCCUUUGGGAUGACCCAAUCUGUAAUAUUGAAGUCCCUGAGAGGCUUCUGUCCUGCUACGACUACCUUCAGUGCUACAAUUUGGUUGAAAGAUGCAUCACUAUCCCUGUCAGAGAAGGAACUGAGAACGAGAUCAUGCUGGUUCACAGUGCAGAUUACUUGGAGGUUGUGAAGAGCACUCAGGAAAUGAAGGAAGAAGAACUUCAAAAAACUUCUGCUGAUUAUGAUUCUGUUUACUUUCAUCCAACUACAUUUCGCUGUGCCAAAUUGGCUGUGGGAGCAACGUUGGAACUGGUAGAUGCUGUGAUGUUGGGAAAAACACGUAACGGGAUGGCUCUCGUAAGGCCCCCAGGACACCACAGCCAGAGGAAUGCAGCCAAUGGUUUUUGCAUAUUCAACAAUGUUGCCAUCGCAGCAAAAUAUGCCCAAAGAACAUACGGCCUGCAGAGAAUCCUGAUUGUUGACUGGGACGUGCACCAUGGACAAGGAACUCAGUAUCUGUUUGAUGCAGAUCCGAGUGUUCUUUAUUUUUCCUGGCAUCGGUUUGAACACCAGCAAUUCUGGCCUUCACUCAGUGAGUCUAAUUAUGAUGCAGUUGGUCAGGAGAAAGGCAGAGGAUUCAACAUAAAUGUACCAUGGAACAAGAUUGGAAUGGGAAAUUCAGAUUAUAUAGCAGCAUUCCUUCAUGUGUUGCUUCCAGUAGCUUUUGAGUUUGAUCCAGAACUUGUUUUGGUGUCUGCUGGUUAUGAUUCUGGCAUUGGUGACCCAGAAGGUCAUAUGAGUGCUACACCAGAAUGUUUUUCCCAUCUUACUAAGUUCCUAAUGAAUUUAGCAAAAGGAAAGUUAUGUGUGGUUCUAGAGGGUGGAUAUCAUUUGAGGUCACUGUCUGAAUCGGUGUGCAUGACUAUAAAAGCUUUGCUUGGAGAUCCUUUACCCUGUUUGUCUGGAGAAAUGGCACCAUGCUUAAGUGCAGUAGAAUCAGUCCACAAUGUGAGAGCUGCACACAAGCCAUAUUGGCAAUGUUUGAUGUAUGAAGAUUCAACUCCAUUGCAGGACCUCAGUACUCAAUCCUACCAGGUGGGGCAAACAGACGCUACACAAAGUGGGACACAGCUGCCGACUUCACAAGAUGCCGGAAACAUGAAGCAUGAGGAAGUUAUCAGAACAGAUAGGUUUUUGGAGCUACAUAUGAAAAGCAUUGAAUGUCCGAGACCUCCCGUUAAAACAGCAGUGGCUAUUGAUGAAAAUGAUGCAUACUUGCUACCAGCAUCUGUCCAAAUUGAGAAGGGAAUAGAUACGACAGAGCUCAAAAGCACAAUCAGUGAAUUUGAUGCUGAGUUUGUGAAAGAAGAAAAGGGUUUUCAGUCAUUUAUGAACACACUGGCUGUUUUAGACAAAAUAAUUAAGAAAGAGGUGACCAAUGGCCUUGCAGUAUCCUCUCAAGCUUCGCUUUCUUGUGCCAUUGCUUUAAAACACUGUAGUAACCAGAAAGUACAAAAGGUCCUGUGCAUAUUCGCUGGUGACACGGAUCUCAAAAUUGACUUGGAUAAUGGCAAAGUCCUUCUAAUCAGUAUCUCGCCCAAGCAACCUGAACAAGCCAACUCCAAAUACAAUAUAUCUCUAAACUGGAAAGAGUCAAAGGAUGUUGAAACAAACAACUUCUUCUCUCCUCUCCUUGGAUUCAUCCUUCCAGUAGCAUACAGCUAUCAGCCUGACCUAACUUUUAUAGUACUUGGGCCAAACCAGAACCUUGGCAGAAAUGAGAUUUCCUUGCUUAUCAGUUUACUGCAAGGGCUAGCACAGUCUCAAAUUCUUGUUCUGAUCCAGGAUACAGAGGUAACAUUACUGCAAGAAAUAACCAAAAUAUUGUCAGGUGACUUAAUGCCUUACUUUGGAAGUUAUGCACCAGAUUUAAAAGACAAUGUACAAAGGAUAAAAGAAUUAAGAAAGCAACUUCAACAGGAAUGGAAAUUGCUCCAGUGUUCAGCAAAGAUUGCCAUUGCUGAAAGUUGAAGUUUACUUGGCUGUCAUUUUGCCAAGCUCCACAGAUGAAAAAGGAGAAGAAAACAUAGACUGUCUACAAAAUCAGUGCAGAAGAAUAAAGUGUGCGCUUCACAUCA